AUGAACUUCAAUUAAUAGGUAUAACCAAUAUAAAUCGAAUCUCAAAAAUCAUUAAAUUCUCCUCAUUAAAUAUUCAAAAAUUCUAAUAAGAAAUUAAUACCAAAAACAACUCUUUUAUCUAAACAUCCUUUUAUAACAAAUAGAGUUUAUACUAUAGAUGAAUUUUAAAAUAAGGAAAAAAUAUUAGAUCUUAAACAUUCAAGGACUCCUAUCAUUAAAUAAUUCUCUCUUGACACAGAUCCUUAAUAAUUUUAGGGAAAAAGACUUUAAUCUCAAAAAAUUUCAAAUGAUAUUGAAAAGACUUAAUUUCUUUAAAUUUAAACAGCAAGAAACAUACGCACUUCUUAAAUUGAUAAAAAUAAUACAAUUAAAAUACCAGAAGCGCAUUAAAUUUCAGAAAAAUAGAAGAACAAUAAUUACUUUAAAAGCGAGUCCAUUUGUAAUGAAAAAAUCUUAGAUUUACUUUUAUUAAAUACUCAAGAAUUAAAGGGCUUUUUCUAGAAUGAGAAAGAACCUCUAUUAUAACAAAAAGCAAAGCCAAGAAUAAAAAAUAUAAAAGGUUUUCCAUCUGAUUUCUUUUCUGUGAUAUGAG